AUGACCCGGGUGGCCGGCCGCCUGAAGCUGCAGUUCACCCGCAUGCCUUUCACGCACUGGUCCUUCUCCUUCCUGGAGGACCCGAUCAUAGACUUCGAGGUGAAGUCUCAGUUUGAGGGCCGUCCUCUGCCCCAGCUCACCUCCAUCAUUGUCAAUCAGCUCAAGAGAGUUUAUCAAGAAGAAGCACACCUUACCAACUACAAAAUAAGGUACAAGCCCUUUUUUCCUUUCCAAGUGCAGCCACCGCUGGCGUCAUCAUGUGACCUGGACAUCUCCAUCCGAGAGACACUAUUGGUGGAGGGGCGUCUGCGUGUCACACUUGUUGAAUGUAGCAGGUUGUUUAUCCUUGGCUCAUAUGAAAGGGAGACAUAUGUUCACUGCACCCUAGAGCUCAGCUCUGACGAAUGGCGGGAAAAAACUCGCAGCUCCAUCAAAGAGGUACACAUUACAUGUCCUGCUGCAUGUGUUUCUCUCUGCCUGGUUUACUGCGCUGCGCACAUGCACAAACACGCAUGUUUGAUAUGCAUUAAUAAAUACACAUGCACAAGCAGACAUGCAUGCACACUGUUGUUUAUAGGACAGGUCAAAAGUCAUGGAUGGGUAGAUGAACCUGUAAAUAUCCAGCUAUAUUUAAACUGUACUUCUUUGCUAUGAUUUUAGUGUUGCAAA